GUGAUGGGGAGAGGGCCGCAAGGCUGGAGACUGUAGGGCUAUGGAGAAAGAAGGCACUAACAUGGCGACGUCGCUCACCAUAGUCCCCACCCCCCGCUUCCCAUCACCUCGGGCGCUCCUGCCUCGGCGCCCAGCCCUCGGGGCGACUGACUGUGCUGCCACCCCAGCGGCCGCGCUGCGUCGGCUUCUGGAGCCCGACCGCCCGGCCGGACCGUUAGAAGGAAACCUGGGAAGCACUGCUUACCUGAUUAGAACUGAGGGAGUCCUAGGAGCAGAGUGAAUAAAGCUCAUGGCCCACCAGCUAGAAAGUAUCCUUGCCAUGAAAAAAAGGACGUGAUAAGUUGUUCAACUUAUGAAAUUCAAGUUACAUGUGAAUUCUGCCAGGCAAUACAAGGACCUGUGGAAUAUGAGUGAUGACAAACCCUUUCUAUGCACUGCCCCUGGAUGUGGCCAGCGUUUUACCAACGAGGAUCAUUUGGCUGUCCAUAAACAUAAACAUGAGAUGACACUGAAAUUUGGUCCAGCACGUAAUGACAGUGUCAUUGUGGCUGAUCAGACCCCAACACCAACACGAUUCUUGAAAAACUGUGAAGAAGUGGGUUUGUUUAAUGAGUUGGCAAGUCCAUUUGAGAAUGAAUUCAAGAAAGCCUCAGAAGACGACAUUAAAAAAAUGCCUCUAGAUUUAUCCCCUCUUGCAACACCCAUCAUAAGAAGCAAAAUUGAGGAACCAUCUGUUGUAGAAACAACUCACCAAGAUAGUCCUUUACCUCACCCAGAGUCUACUACCAGUGAUGAAAAGGAAGUACCAUUGGCACAAACUGCACAGCCAACGUCAGCUAUUGUUCGUCCAGCAUCAUUACAGGUUCCCAAUGUGCUGCUUACAAGCUCUGACUCAAGUGUAAUUAUUCAGCAGGCAGUACCUUCGCCAACCUCAAGUACUGUAAUCACCCAGGCACCGUCCUCCAACAGGCCAAUUGUUCCUGUACCAGGUCCAUUUCCUCUUCUGUUACAUCUUCCCAAUGGACAAACCAUGCCUGUUGCCAUUCCUGCAUCAAUUACAAGUUCUAAUGUGCAUGUUCCAGCUGCAGUCCCACUCGUUCGACCAGUCACCAUGGUGCCUAGUGUUCCAGGAAUUCCAGGUCCUUCCUCUCCCCAGCCGGUACAGUCAGAAGCAAAAAUGAGAUUAAAAGCUGCUUUGACCCAGCAACAUCCUCCUGUGACCAAUGGCGAUACUGUAAAAGGUCAUGGUAGCGGAUUGGUUAGGACUCAAUCAGAGGAAUCUCGACCACAGUCAUUACAACAGCCAGCCACAUCCACUACAGAAACUCCGGCUUCUCCAGCUCACACAACUCCACAGACCCAAAAUACAAGUGGUCGCCGAAGAAGAGCAGCUAAUGAAGAUCCUGAUGAAAAAAGGAGGAAGUUUCUGGAGAGAAAUAGAGCAGCAGCCUCAAGAUGCCGGCAAAAAAGGAAAGUCUGGGUUCAGUCUUUAGAGAAGAAAGCAGAAGACUUGAGUUCAUUAAACGGACAACUGCAGAGUGAAGUCACCCUGCUGAGAAAUGAAGUGGCACAGCUAAAACAGCUUCUUCUGGCUCAUAAAGAUUGCCCUGUAACCGCCAUGCAGAAGAAAUCUGGCUAUCAUAAAAUGGUCAUGGGUGCAGAUAUAUCACAUUAUAAAGCUGCUGAUAAAGAUGAUAGUUCAGAAGACCUGUCGGUGCCAAGUAGUCCACAUACUGAAGCGAUACAGCAUAGUUCUGUGAGCACAUCCAAUGGAGUCAGUUCAACUUCCAAGGCAGAAGCUGUAGCCACUUCAGUCCUUACCCAGGUGGCGGACCAGAGUACAGAGCCUGCACUUUCACAGAUCGUUAUGGCUCCUUCCUCCCAGUCACAGCCCUCAGGAAGUUGAUUAGAAACCUGCAGUGCAGCAGUUUUAGAUACUCAUUAGUGACUUCAAAGGGAAAUCAAGGAAAGACCAGUUUCCAUUUAUGCGAAAUCUGUGGUUGUAAAUUUUUUUUUUUACUUGAAAUUAAAUUUGGCUCUAAAGUGGUGUAGCAGCAGUUGAUGAUCAGACUGAACAAGUUUUUAGUCUCUGGAAAAGACUGAUUUUGCUUUUUUUAUAAAUAUUGUUAGAUUUAUUAAUUUUUCUGUGCUCAGUGUAUAAACUGUAUUAUAAUUCAUUGUGGUUUAUCAUUUUUAAUUUGGUGGUGUUUAAUAAAUGGGGGUGUUACUGAAUCUCUCUUCCCACUUCCAUUUCUUUUGACCACCUCUUAUCCCUCAACUGUGAUGGUAAUAUUGUUAUAUCAUUUAUACCAAAGUUCUGCUUAAAUCCCUAUGGACUUUGUAAUGUUAACAAAGUCAUAAAGCACUAGCAAGAGAAAGAAAUUUGCUUUUAACCUUUUUGCCUUUUAUUUUGCACAUUAUGCAAAAGGAACAUGAGAACACUUUUUGAGUGAGUGAAAACAUGGUAGAAGACAUACAGUGCUUUUAUGCACACUCUUAAUGUUAAAUUAAAUCAAGAUCAUUAAUAGUGCAUCUUUUUUUUAAUUUUAAGUAGACAUGAAUUUUGGAAUCCUUUAUCAUUUCAAAAAUGACUAUUUUUCAAGUCUUAAAUUCAGUAUUUUAAACCCUAUGUUUUGAGGCUAAUAAAAUAUGAAAUUAUAUAAUGUACAAUACAGGGUUAUCAGAUAUUUAAUAAUUUUUGAAAUUAGGUUUUUGGGUUUUUUUGCAGAUGUCAGGUUACAAACUGAGAAGUUUAUGCAUAAUCAAGUACGGUAUGGUUGCCAGAAAAGCCUAAAAAUUACUACUUAGAAAAUUUAAGACUGUUUACCCCCAUUGUCUUGUACUUGCAAGCUAACUUGUACUUAUUCUUGUGAAAGCACUGUCAUCUUUUAGUAGCAAAUUUUGAUAACGUUUCUUGUGAGAAAAAAUCAGUAUCUAUCUUUAGAACAAUGUAAUUAUAACGUGGGAAGCAAGAGUGAGAAAGCGUACAUGUAUGUAUGUGUGUAUGUAUGUGUCUUUCAAUAGUUUAUGCCAGCAGUCUUUGCUUGAAUGUUUAAUGAUGCCUUCAGUGUGAUGCUGGCCAAUAGGUGAUUGCAGUUGCAAACGUCAUUACUGUGCAGGCUUGGGUAACUAACAUUCCAUGACGUAGCUUGUUUCUGAUGAGAUGAUUGUAGGUACACUUCUCUCAUUAUCCAGUCAUCUGUGGGAUAUUGAGUUUUCUAAUGUGCCAUUAUCUAUUUUUAUUCUGCGGUUAUGUUCAAAAUACAGUACACUAUUUUAAAAUAGACUAAAUUGUUAAAAAUUUUAAAGUAGUAGAUGUGUGUAAGAAACCUUUGUAAAAUAGUUAUGAGUCCUACCCAGUAGCAACUUCUGGCAUUCAAGCAGGAUUCCAUUAUGUAAAUAUCUGUAAUGCAUUUAUAAUAAGUUGUGUAGUUUGUUCUGCAUCCAUACUACACUCUUUGCUAAAGUCUCAGUGCCAUCUCCUAAUGAGACUGACAUUUAAACCUAUAUGGAAUAUCCUUGAUAAUUCAAGGAAACAUCCCACCUGCCUAAGUUCCAGACUGGGAAACAUUCAAAUUAUACAAAUGAUAUUUCAGGACUUUUAAGUUAUGAAGAUAAUAGGAAUUUUAUUGUUUGGUUUAUUAAAACAGAGAACAUUUUUAGUUGAUAAUUCUACUUCUAAAUUUUUUUUAUUUUUAACUGGUUUUAUAAUUUUAAAGUAAUUCCUAAUCAUGAUUUUGCCAUAGUUAUGCUAAGGAGUUGAACUCAAAGGCACAAAAUAUGAAUUCUGCAAGAACGCUAUUUUUUAUUGUAGUUUGGAUGGGUUAGGAAAAGCCUCAAUUUUUCUCUCUCCUAAGUCCUUCAGUGCAUUUUCCUUUCAAUUUGUUAUUUAUGCAAGUUAAAGUUCUUUGAUAACAGGAAUUCUUGCAACUGUAAAAUAAAGCUACAUAGAUGUAAGAAGUCAUGUAAACGGUUAAUGAGCUUACCAACGUUAGCAAAACUUUCAUUGUAAAUCAGUCUGUACUCAGCAAAUAAAAAUCAUUAUUAGUUGUAUAAACACAAAUUUCAUUUUGACCUUCAGGAUGUCACACUACUUCUGUACCUAGCAUUUUGAGUCCUUAUAUUUGCAAUGUUACACAAACUGUACUAUUUUCUUUUAUGUGCAGUUUGCAUGAGUAAACCAUCAGAGAAUAAAUUCUAUCUUUAAAUUA